AUGGAGCCUAACGCGCCAACUCUGACAGAAGAGCAAGUUCCGGACGACGAAGAGAUCAGGCCAGAGACCACAGUACCGACGGCAGCACCUGCUCCUGCUGAGCAAGCCUAUCGUGCGAGGUAUAAUGAAACGAUCGCUCCUCCAAGUGGCCCGUCGUCUCGAGUGAUUCGACCGCCGAACGAUUUCCCUCCCGAGUCCAAGCGAGCUGAUCAGAUUGAAGAUGCCGAAGAAGACCUCGAGGUCGACAUGGAGGAGCUCAAAGCUGCCGUACACGCCUACAACGUCGACUUCCAGCAGCGUAUCGGUGCAGUAAAGCAGCGAGGUCGCGACCUUGAGGCGAAGUUAGGGACGGAGCAUGACGCUAUGAUGAGCUCCAUCGAGCAGUUGAGGGUGGACUUCAAAAAGCAAUUCCAAGCAGCCUUUCUCACGCUCGAGCAGAAGACGCUCUCACAUUUUGCUCGUCUCGAGGCGCAGGAGAUCACGACUCAAGAGAAAAAACUGCACGAGAGCGCGUCCGAGUUUCGCACAUUCGCGUACACGACAGUGCCCGAUAUCAUGGAAAAGUUGCAGGGCACAAUCACUCGGAAAUUAGAGAAGAACCACGAGACGUUCGAUAUCGAGAACGCCAAGAUCCAGAAGCGCGAAAAAAAGACUCUACACGCGCUGGAGAGCAAUGAGCGCAAGACAGACGCCAGUUUCCGCACUGAGAAUGUCCGACGUGUAGCCAAGUUCCAGGAACGCGAAGAAGAGUUCCACCAUGUCAUGCGUGUGGACAAUCGCAGUGCGGAGCGCGAGCAGUCCAACCAGAUGCGAGGGCUCGUGGCUCUGCGCGCCCAACUCCGAGCCGAAAGCGCACAGCGGGAGAAGGAAGAUCUCCACAUCCUAGACAACCUGUCGUCGUCUUUCGGAAGACUGCAAGCCAGCAUCCUCGAGAACCUAGGAGAAGACACCACAGCCGCGUAA